AGCAAAGUGACAAGACAAGCGAUACAGAAACAGCUCGACAAAAUGAUUUAGUGACGAUAGAUAAUGAUGUAAGGGAAGCUCUAGUAGACAGACAAGAACAGGUCGACAUGUUUAAAGAAAUGAAGGUGUUGGAAGUUGACUAUGUUCGAAUGAUGGGUUCACUUCGAUUAGAAUCAGAUGAGUCACCUGUUGUUGUUAUACAGUUUAGUAUACGCAACCUCAGUGAAGAAAAGAUGCUUCCAAAACUGCAUUUGGAGUUUGCUGAAUCUUUUGACCUAAAGAUGAUUCAGGACAAUGUUCCAACUCACAUCGCUUAUGCAACAGAAACCUUUGAACUGCAGGCGAAUGAGGUUGUUGAAUGUAUAGCACACUUUGAGAUCCUUGGAAACGUAAGGCCAGGGUUAUGCAUUCGAGGAGUUUUGUUCUAUGACGUCGAGGAAUCAUCUACGAUCAACCAGAGCCCAUUUGAGAUACCUAUCCCUGCAAGUCUGUUCUUGAACAGCAAGCAGCCAAUGGAUCCAAUUCAUUUUGCCACGCUCUUGGCUGAACAUGGUGAUGAAUUUGAACACCAUGAGAAUGCAUCGAUUGAAGUACCUUUGCCUUCAGAGACUUCAUCUAUUGAAGGUAUCUUAAUCAAGGCACUCAACAAGGUGACGGCAACAAGUGGAUUAAAUGUAGUAGAAGUUGUUCCUGGAGCUGCGUCUUUAUAUGGUAAAACUGUUCAAGGUGCUCAAGUGGCUGGUCUUUUGAAGUAUACCCUGCAGGUUGAUUCAGAGCCUAAACUUGCUAUUCUAUCGAUCGAUUUAAAAAGCACAGAUGAAGGUUUAUUGGGAGGAUUGAUUCAUGAAAUAUCUUGUAUCAAAAUUGAUUAAAAAAAUCAUUCAUAUCGCACAUGUGCCAAGUAACAGAUUAUUAAAUCAGCCAAUCAAAUUGGACUAUCUUUAUCAUGCAGGUUCAACUUGUUUACACUUGCAGUAUCAAUGUAUUAUCUCUUGUUUGCAAAAGUAAAGAAGGGGAAAAAAAGAGGAGGGAUAAAGGCGG